AUGUCGAUUCCAAGGUGCAAGGACCUCGUCCGGUCAAGAUUGACGAGCUUCGUCUACGCCGUACGCGACGUCAACCCCAACGAGAAAGUGUCUCCUUGUCGAACUGCCGUGCCGAUUGCGUGCAAACAAGACGACUCGUCGUCAACCGAUGCGCCAGGAAGCUCCGUGAAGUCUGAUGCUGAGCCUGAAGCUAGGAGCCACCGUGUAGCAAAACUGGGAACAACUCGUUCGCAACGACUUCACCGCAAUGCUCGGCACUGA